AUGGUUGACACGGCCAUUAAGAUUUAUCGGGGGGGCCGAUACGUCACCGGUGAGUCGGUCGUAUCACCUAAAUGCUUUGCUUCGAAAGGCAUCAUGGCAGGAUGCCCAGUUGCUUUUGCAUUGGCCAAAGUUGUUCUUUUUCCUGCGCUGUCCCAACUUCACCAAAGUCACCUGACGGACCAGAUCACCGCUUGGCUUGAUGAUGUUUCGGUGGAUGCAGAUGGCAAGCCUGCAAAAGUAGCCCACCGGAUCCAUAAAUCUUUCAAGCUUUUGAAAAAGUCUCUUUCCGAAAGUGGUUUCACUAUUUCAAUUUCUAAGACCUGUUUUGUUCGUACCGAUAAAACCACAGAGAAAGCCUUGCAGUUGCUUCUUGGUGAGGAUGACCCUCCUGUCACGUCCUUAGCCAGGGACUUGGGGACGGACUAUAGUGGAGAUACGCACUGUGCCAUUUGCGGACGGAGUUGGGCUAAGCAAAUUGCCAAGAAAAAGAAGGAGAAAGAGGCUAAAGCCGAGCAGGCCUCGUGGAAGGUGCCAGGCUGGCCCAUGUGGCCAACUCCCACAGGGGCCGGGGGAGGCAACCCAGGCCCGAAAGCUGAGCUUGGGAAGGUCAGCUCGGCCUUGGCAGAGGUCUGGCAGGACUUGCCAGAGGCCACCCAGAAGGCCUUGACAAAGGUGGGAUGCAAGGCGCCUCGACUGCCAUCCCCGCCGCCAGGGCUGAGGGUGCCGUCCUCCCUGCAAGGCUCCAUGACUCAACAAGAGUACCAGGCGGCGCGCACGGUGGUGUACAGUGGAGCAGGUGACCAUGUGCAAAAGCUCCUGGCAGCAGCAGGCAUUCCGCCGCCUGAGGAUGUCAAUCUAGGUGCGCCAGAGAUCACCCCAGGACAGCGUCUGACCCGAGUAGUGACAGAGUUCCGCAAGUCUACUAACCAAAUGCAGAAGUUGGUGAAGAAGCGGGCAAUGUUGCAGGCGAAGGCAGACCGUCUUAAGGAGGAACUUGAGGCCCUGAUGCUGGAUGUUGCACAGGUCGGGUGCGAGAUUGAGAACAAAGAUGCGGAAAUGAAGGACACAGCGCGUGAGUUCAAAGAACUGACUGAGGAUAAGGCAACAACGGCCUUUGGUCAGAUGGAACAGGUCCUGGCGGAAGCGGGCCACGAACUCGCAGAGGGAACGAAGGCCAAAUUGAAAGCGGCUCUCUUGACCACGACGACUGAAGAUGAGAUUGGCCCGGACCCCUUUUUGAGCCGGUUUGACAGCCGAGAGCCAUUUCCUCAAGAGCUGGCAGGGAUCAACCAAGGGCCCACUGUCUGGCCGGCUUCGUACGGCCCAGCUCGGGGCACCCCGGCCAUAGCAAGAGCGACCCCUCUGAACCCUCCGUCAAGGAAAGAGGAGGUCGGAGAUUCCCCGCCGGAGUAG